AAUAAAGAUGUAUAUUUUAUUGUUUAAAACACUUCGGCAAUAUCAGCAGCUGGGGGCGCUAAACAUCACUCUCCACACAUUGGUGUCAGGUGACCCGCCGGUGACCCGGAUGUUGACAUGACGUUAAAUUCGGUAUUUUACCCGACCAUUACAAUGAAGAACUGCUAGCAUUUUCAGGCCCCCUCAUAAUCUUCAUAAUAACACCAAUAGAUGCCCUGCAAUACAUCGCAAAUUGGUGUCUGAGACUUAAUUCAUUUGUUCACAUGCAAAACGAGAGACAUUUGUAAACAUGUCUCAAGAAGGAUAUGCAUCUCCAGUAGGGACAACCACCGCAGACACGAGUUUGAAUUCACAUGAAUCGCAGAGGACCAACCCCAAAAAAACGCCUAUUCAGAUUCUGCAUGAAUAUGGCACCAAGAGCGGCAACCUCCCUGUGUAUUUGAUGGAGAAGGCUGAAGGAGAGGCUCACCAACCCAGCUUCGUCUUCAGCGUAAAAAUUGGAGAUGUUGUAUGCACGGGUCAAGGUCCUAGUAAAAAGGCUGCCAAGCACCAGGCGGCAGAGGCGGCUCUCAAUAUUCUGCAGAUAGAUGCUGGGACAGUGAAAGUUCCCGUGAAGUCGGAAAGUAACGGAGUCGUAUCAGAAACAAACAACCACCCCAACUCAGUGGGGAUACUGCAGGAGUUAGCGUUGCAGAGAGGAUGGCGUCUCCCUGAAUACACAGUGUUAAUGGAGGCUGGACCGCCACACAAGAGGGAAUUCACUGUUACUUGUCGAAUGGAGUCCCUGUCAGAGAAAGCUGUAGGGAAUUCAAAAAAGGCUGCGAAGAAGACAGCUGCAGAGAAAAUGGUGUCGAAGCUUCAAAGUCUGUCGGGCUGUUCUGAAAUCACAUGGGCUCCUAAAGCAAGCGUCCGAUUUGAGAACUUAAGGAACUCGUCGGCGGAGAGCAUAACUUUACUGAGAAGAAACCCGCUCAGUAUUCCCAACACAGAUUAUAUUCAGAUGAUGCUCGAGCUGUCCAAGGAGCAGGGCUUUGAGGUCACAUACUUUGACAUUGAUGAGCUGACGGUAAACGGGCAGUACCAGUGUUUAGCGGAGCUGUCCACCUCCCCGGUCACCGUGUGCCACGGCACCGGCAUCUCCUGUAGCAACGCUCACAACGACGCAGCGCACAGCGCCCUGCAGUACAUCAAGAUCAUGGCCACCAGCAAGUAACACCGCCACGUAAGCUCCUGCUUCACCUGUUCUGCCACACACAUCAGCUGAUCAUGAUACCCAUCAUCCUUCCCACUAGUCUUCCUGCCGUGGAUGAAAUGAGGUCAAGGUAUAUUUUUAUAAUGAUGUGUAACAAAGCAGAUCGUAAUCACUGGACGUACCGACUUGAAUCAGGUAACUUUGGAGCAGGAUUUGUUAGGAGACAAACAGGAUCCAGAUUAAGAAUCAUACACAAAUCAAAUGUCGUCUUCAGGUUGGAGAUCAUGUUUUACUUGAGAUGUCUAACAGACUGUAUUUAAGAUAAUGUACACGUGUUAUUUAAGUAGGAACAGUGAAUAAUAUGAAGCACUUCUUAACUUUUUACAUGUUUUAGUUGUGAGUGGCUGUUCACCCCAAAAUCAGAGGUGCACUUUUUACCUCUUACCUUGUAGUGCAUCAAUCUAGAUCGUCUUGGUGUCAGUUUAAGGUUGAUAUUAAUAUAGUGUGGUGUCAUAUUGACUGCACCUGCUAAGUGAUGCUAACACGCUUCCUCCUGAUGGCACUUCAGUUAAGAGGAAAAAGAUGUGUUUUUGAUUUUUGGUUAAACUAUCCGGCUUUUAAGCUGUAAUUAUCAAGCUGUGUUGUUUUUGCCUCAUGUUUUGUGAGGAUGCAGGUAUUUUUAGAUUUGUCUUAAAUUAUUUUUUUUAUUCAUGUUUCUCCUUGUAGCAAUAUAUUGAGCUGUUUCGAGCCAAUUGAACAUCUCAAAUGUAUGUUUUGCUUCAGAGAUAUUUGCCUUUUUAUUAAUUAAAAAAUGAAUAUGAAUUGAGAAAGAGAUUAUCGAGACUUCUGUUGUAUUUAAAGAGGGUUUUAAUUUUGGUUUAAGUGUGUUUUUUCCUACUUACACUCAGCUGUCAGUAUGCAAUCUACAGUACACCCCUUGCUGUCUGUAUCUGGUUUACUCCAAUAGAUAUAACACACUACUUCAUUACCAUCCUGUUGCCAUUUUUUGCUGUGUGCCUCAAAGUAUUUGUGAUAUAUGAAAUGCAUUUACUGAUUGCUGUAUGGAAGUAUCCCUGGUGGGGAGCAGCAACAACAUGAAAACUGAAAAUAAACCCAAACACUAAAUGUAAACAA